AACAGAUGGGUACUUUAGGAAAAGAACUUUUUCCUCAAAAAGCAAUGAAACGACGUAGCAUAUAGACUGAUUAAAAAGUUUACCAAAAAAACAUUUACGGUUCUCUCAAGUCUUAACCCUCCAAAACAACACAAAAAACACUUAACUUUUUCCCCCCUUCAAAGAAUCUCUGCACAAGAAAAAGAAACAAAACAAAAACAUAACCCUCCGUUCAGUUUCUCUUUCUUCAACCUCUCUCUCUCUCGCCAUGGAGAUCCAAGAAAUGGUGAUGAAGUACAAGUACCUCAUAAUCUUUACCUUCACCGUAUGCAUCCUUGGGGCUGUAAUCUAUGUAGCACCGAGUUUUAUGACAAUCUUGGCAUACUUUUGGCCUCUGUUUCUCUCCACAGCUUUGUUUCUCGCUGCUGUUGUUUUCUUUGGUAAAACAUCUUUACCGGGUACUGAGCUUUCCGGUGAUAAAGCUGGUGAAGGUCUUUUGGAUUAUGUUGCUGGCCAACCUGUUGGUGAUGAACUAGUGGUAGAAAAUUUCAAGAAUGAGUAGUUCUUGGUACUUCUUUCUUUAGUGCCAUACUUGUAAUCUUUUUUCUAACUUUUCUUGGUUUCCUUUUCUUGAAAACUCUUUUCUUUUUCUCCAUUAAUUUAUGGGAAGAGCAGUAGUAUUAGCAGUAAUAGUCUUUUUCUAUGUUAGCUGUUAGCUAUUGAUGAUAAAUCAUUGGACUGAUCCAUAUCUCUAUCUGUUUUCUAUUUUUAUUUUUUCAUUUAUUA